AUUCUUCCUUCUCUUUUCUUUUAUUUCUUUUUUAUCAGAUUCCAAUGAACACAUUUUCUCUAACAACAAUGUUUCACCCUUUUCUGCAAAAUGGCAAGAGGCCUAAAUUGUGAGCUGCAAAUUGAAAGCCUUAUCAUCAAACACAUCACCCUUUUUUCUUCUUCUUCUUCACUCUCAAAUCUGUGACUCAUUUUCUUGCAUAACUACUCUCACACACUAAACAACACCCUUUUGUCUUUACAAUGGGGAGAGCCACGAGGUGGUUGAAGAACUUGUUUGGGAUAAGAAGAGACAAAGAACAACAACACAAACAAGAAAACUCAAACUAUGGAGACCCCAGAAGCAUGAAAUUCUCUUCAUCUUCUUCUACUACUUCUGCUGCUCAGAGAAAUUCAAGUAAUUCUAGAGUUCUGUGUCAUAAUCCAGCUACCAUUCCACCAAACAUUUCUCCAGCUGAAGCAGCUUGGUUGCAAUCUUUCUACAAUGAGACAGAGAAGGAGCAGAACAAGCAUGCCAUUGCUGUUGCUGCUGCUACUGCAGCUGCAGCUGAUGCUGCUGUGGCAGCAGCACAGGCUGCAGUUGCAGUGGUUAGGCUCACAAGCCAUGGAAGAGGUACCAUGCUUGGUGCUGGACAUGAGAUUUGUGCUGCCACCAAGAUUCAGACAGUGUUUAGAGGCUACUUGGCAAGGAAAGCACUGAGAGCCUUAAAGGGAUUGGUUAAGUUACAGGCACUUGUCAGAGGGUAUUUAGUGAGGAAGCAAGCAACAGCAACACUGCAUGGAAUGCAGGCACUUAUCAGAGCUCAAGCCACAGUGAGGUCUCAGAAAAAAUCUCAAGGAUUCAUGGCCGGAAAGAAUGAUUCAUAUAGGUCUCAAAUCCGUGCACGAAGAUCCAUGGAGAGAUUUGAUGACACUAGGAGUGAGUACACAGCUCCAACUCAUAGUAGAAGGUUAUCAUCUUCAUUUGAUGCCACAAUUAACAACAAUAACAGUUUUGAUGGUAGCCCCAAAAUUGUGGAAGUGGACACUGGUAUUAGGCCUAAGUCAAGGUCCCGGAGAACCAACACAUCAAUGUCGGAUUUUGGGGACGACCCUUCAUUCCAAACAAUUUCCUCUCCCCUUCCAAUCCCAUGUCGGACACCGGGGCGCUUGUCCAUACUGGAUCAUUCGGAUUGGGGGUUGACAGGGGAAGAGUGCAGAUUCUCAACUGCACAAAGCACUCCAAGGUUUGCAACAAGCACUUGUAGUUGUGGAUCAGUUGCAGCCACGACACCAAAGAGUGUGUGCAAUGAGAGCUUUUUCUAUGGGAAUUAUCCGAAUUACAUGGUGAGCACGCAGUCUUUCAAGGCAAAGUUGAGGUCUCAUAGUGCUCCAAAGCAAAGGCCAGAGCCAGGGGGUGCAAGGAAGAGGCUUACCCUGAAUGAGAUGAUGGAAUCUAGGAACAGUUUGAGUGGGGUUAAGAUGCAGAGGUCAUGCUCACAGAUUCAAGAAGCCAUUAACUUCAAGAAUGCUGUGAUGGGUAGGCUUCACACUAGGGAUGCAGACAGAAACCACUUCCAAAAGAGGAGGUGGUGAUUGAUGAUGAAGCUUGACUUGAUGAAUAGAUUUCAUUUGUUAAGUGAUAGCUUUCUGUUUCUGCACUAUCAAAGUAGUAAGCAUUUUGUCAAACAUAUGGUGGGUGGGAAACAGGGGAGUGUGUCACAUAUGAAUAUAUGAUAGUGUGACAAAAGGAGAUUGUCCCCAUUGUUAUUUGAAAAAUUUUGCAAUGGA